AUGAAGUUCUGCAUACCGAAGGAGCUAUUCACACAAUGCAACUCUACAAUAGGAGACUGCCAAGCGUGUGUUAUCAGAUUUUUCAUGUCAGCAGUAGACUUUUACCUAUCAAUGGCUGGAAAUUGCUUAGUGGUACUUGGAUACCUUUUUGGUAAAGUGUUCUGCGAGGACUACAACCCGUGCCUCUUGGCGAGCGUACUCAUACUCUUCGGGCACUUCCUCGCUCUGAUAUCCGACACGUGCAGCGUCAUAGAAGACAUUUUAUACUUCCAGCAUAUGCGGCGUGACUUCAGUGUGAACAGAUUCUUCGUAUUCGCAAAUAUUCUCUCCAUCAUCGGAGAGUACCAGGAGUUGAAAAAGUCGCUUCGUAACACUAACGCCAUGGCAACUGGAUAG